AUGGCAGCAACUAUCAUUCCUCUAAUAUAUGUUCAGUCUUCUCUGUACUCACUGUCUCCUGAGAAAGGACACAUGUGCAAAGAAAGGCUAGCCAAUGAGUUCCUGACAGGCUUGUUACAAGAGUUGGUGUCCUUCGAGGAUGUGACUGUGCAGUUCACACAGGAGGAGUGGGCGUUGUUGGAUCCUUUACAAAGAACUCUGUACAGGACGGUAAUGCUAGAAAACUGGAAGAACCUGGCAUCCCUCGGGCAUCACCUUGAUAAACCAAAUCUGAUAUCCCAGUUGGAACAAGAAGACAGGGCUAUAACAGAGGACAGAGGAAUUAUUCCAGGCAUAUGUCCAGAUUUGGAGACUGUACUUAAAGCCAAAUGGCUAGCUCCUAAGAAGCAUGUUUUUAGAAAAGAACAUGCUAAUGCUGGAAAAGCAGUAAAGCUGGAGGAGAAAGGUCAUCAUGGAAUGAAAAUCAAUGAAUGCAAUCAAUGUUUUAAAGUCUUCAGCACGAAAUCUAACCUUACUCAGCACAAGAGAAUUCAUACUGGAGAAAAACCCUAUGACUGUAGUCAGUGUGGAAAAUCCUUCCGCAGCAAAUCUUACCUUACAGUUCACAAAAGAAUCCAUAAUGGGGAGAAACCAUUUGAAUGCAGCCACUGUGGGAAAGCAUUUAGUGACCCCUCAUCCCUCAGACUUCAUGUGAGAAUCCACACUGGAGAAAAGCCCUAUGAGUGCAACCAGUGUUUUCAUCUCUUCCGUACCAGUUGUAACCUCAAAAGCCACAAGAGAAUUCACACAGGGGCUGAAAAUCACCAUGAGUGUAGUCAAUGUGGAAAGGCCUUCAGUACAAGGUCCUCGCUCACUGGGCAUAAUAGUAUUCAUACUGGAGAGAAACCAUUUGAGUGCCAAGAUUGUGGGAAAACCUUUAGGAAGAGCUCAUACCUAACCCAGCACUUAAGAACUCACACUGGAGAAAAACCCUAUGAAUGUACAGAGUGUGGGAAGUCCUUCAGCAGUAGCUUUUCCCUAACUGUACACAAGAGAAUACAUACUGGAGAGAAACCAUAUGAGUGCAGUCAUUGUGGAAAAGCUUUUAAUAAUCUCUCAGCUGUGAAGAAGCACUUAAUGACUCAUACUGGGCAAAAGCCCUAUGGAUGUAACCAUUGUGGAAAAUCUUUUACCAGUAACUCUUACCUCUCUGUGCACAAAAGAAUACAUAACAGGUGGAUAUGAAUUGUGCUGAGAAAUUACUAAGGGA